AUGACUGAUAGGGAGAAGAUAUCUGUAACCUUCGCAGCGCCUCAGGGCUACAAUCUGGGUGCACCUUCUGGAGGUGGACUCUCACAUGGAGGAUCUACACAUGGCGGUGUAGGUGGUAUUGGGGGUGGUGGAGCAGGUGGAAUCGGAAGUGGUGGAGUAGACGGUAUUGGUAGUGGAGUUGGUGGGCCUGUUGGUGGUUGUCAGGAUGGACAAAUUCUUCACGUGGAUGGAUCUUGUGUAACUCCUGUUAUCACGAGAAAAGUAUAUCUAUACGACGCUCCUGAAGUACCAAAGGGCCCAGGCGGUCCUCCUCCGAGUGUGCCACCACCCAAGGUAGAACACAACAUCCUAUUCGUACGCGUUCCUGAGGCUGCUCCACCACCUGAACCCAUCAUUGUUCCUCCAGCAAGGCAAGAAAACAUUGUCUAUGUUCUGAAUAAGCAGGACGAGCAAAGUCAACAAGUGAUCGAGGUUACGCCUCAUCCGGCUUCCGACCCAGAAAUCUAUUUCGUGAACUACCAAGACGGAGAAAACCCAACCCUUCCUCUUGGAGUAGAUCUUGAGACUGCUCUCAGCGUUGCCAGUGCAGCUGGUGGUGACGUCAUCGGAGGUGUCGGAGCGGGUGUUGGGGUUGGUGUCGGAGGAUUAGGCGACGGUGCUGGAGCCGGAGGUAUUGGAGGCGGCCUUGGAGGCAGUGGAGGAGCCGGUGCCGGAGGAAAUGGAGGCUUUGGAGGAGUUGGAGUAGGAGGAAAUGGAGGAUUUGGAGGUGGCUUUGGAGGAGUGAAUGGAGGAAGUGGCGGCUUCGGCGCUAAUGGCGGCAGUCCGUCAAACCUGUACACAACCCCUUAAAGUGCAAGUGUUUCUUUGAAUUGUUGUGAAAUGCCUUCAUUUUAUGAGGUUCGUUGAUUUUAGUAUAUGUAUUAA